CCGGAGCUUGAGCGACGUCGCAGACUGCAGCUGCACGUGUGCAUAGAGUUGAGCUCGCUCUUGACCGCCUACAGUUGGUGCAUACCUGUGUAGCCAAUUCCGAUCGGGCAGUGCUUUUGUCGACGGCAAAGUCGUCAGAACUCAACCAUUGCUAUAACUUCAUCGCAACUUACCGUCCGUCAACUCGGACUCGACGAUGUUCAGAUGGCGCACCUUAACGGAACCUCGUCGCUCAGCCGCGCAAGAUCAACACGGGACCCAGCAAAUGCCGGGAAGCCGCCGGUCCAGAACUCCUCACGCGGAGGUACACCAGGCGUGAUAUCCUCCACGACCACUGCUUCUCCGACCGCCCCAUCCAACAUCUCCCUUUUCUUGACCAACCUGCGCCUGCUCGAUCUCGACUUGCGUCCCGACUGGCCAGACAUCAACGCGCUCACCUUCAGCACCAAGGAUGCGGCGCAGGGUCAGAAGAAGCGCAUACAGUCCGUCGAGUGGGCCUUGUAUCACCUGUUCGUGCUGUGGGAUCCAGACGAAGCCCGCAAUAAGCUGAAACCUUUCUUCCCGCCGCUCGAUCAGGUCCAGUCGCUGAACCUGCGCGCUGCGCUCCUCCGGGCGCUGGAACAGGCGAAGAAGAGUGGCGUCCUCGGUCGCGAUGCAGUUGUGCGGAAGACGAUGCUCGACGAGUGCAAGGGGGAGAGGCUGGAGGAGGUGCUGGCCGUUUUCUCGUCCGCUGUGCUGAAGAAGCUGGUGGCGGAACAGCGGUUAAAUGGAGGGGGAUAUCCUGCCCUGGCCCAGGCGCUGGCUCUCGAGAAUCGAGGAUAUUCUGCCGAGCGGUCGGAACUGGCAGCGCUGGUUCUGGCUCACAGGGUGUCGUUGCGGCGUGUGCUAGACGGGAAGAAUGCGGCGCGGACGCGGUUCAGCAGCUUCUCUGGCGUGUUGGAUGCGAAAGAAAAGAUACUCGCUCGGAGACGGGAGCUGGCAGAGGCAGCUAAACAAAGCAAGCGGGCAAAUGUGAUCUCUGACAACCAGAAGAGUACGGUCUCGCGCGCAGUGCGGAAUAACUGGACCGGGAACGAGCGCUGGAUGGAGGCGUUGCUUUAUGGCGACAGCAAAUCACGCAAAGAUGGAAUCCUCUCAGCCCCUUUUGACAGAGUCUGGAGGCGGGUGCAGUCUGGCCGGCUCGCCGAGCUCGAAGAUACCUCUGUGGGGCUCUUGGAACAGUUGGACAGCCGAGUCCGAGGUCAGCAGGAGAGGUUAGAGAAGUGGCAGGGCUUCCGCCAGAGAAUGUUUGGAAAGUUUGGAUCUGCACCGGCAACCCAGGAACCGCAGACGCAGCAUACGCGGAAGGGCAUCGACCUUGGGUUCAGGGCCCACGAAAAUCUUCAUCUCGGCCGAAUGGAUCGCAGGAAGCUGCCGCGAGCCCAGCAUAACCUGCUAGACAGUCACUACCAGUCGCUCAUCGACGGUCUCAAGUCGGAUCUUGCCGGCAACGGCCAGGCUGCCUCACGCAUCCCUUCAUUCUUCCGAAGGCCGCGGCAAACAGAGGGAUUCGCGUCGCGAACGGCGGAGGGUGCCGAGGCUGAGUCGGAAGAGAUCUCCGAUAUCAGCGAACUUGAAGAUGCGCCGCCACUGCUACGCCCAUCCCCAUCGCGCCGCCAGACGAUUCGUGUCUCGGAAGAGCCAGCGUUUGAGCCAGUGCUGCGAAAGGCCAAGACCUUUGACGACGAACACGGAGCCUGGGAAGAUGAAUCGGUCAGCCCUUCGCGGCCCCGGAGAUCCGCGACGAUCCAAUCUCAUUCUACUUCUGCUGCCAUGCGGCCCGCACAACCUUCGCUCAUAAGAGACCGGGCACCUAAACCGAAUUCACCACCUUCAUCUCCGAAAGCUCGAUCUCCCCCUCGACUGGCAGCUGCCUCUCUUGAACCUCCCUCCUCUCCCGAACCCCCACCGUCUCCAACGCAGGAAUUAGCGGACCAGAUUCUCGCCUCCGUCAGUGCCGCGUCGCCGUCCCCCGUCAAGAAACCACGGCGCGCCCUCUCGCUGGCCGAACGCACCCGCCUCUCCAUGGCGCGUCGCACAUCCCACGCCAAUCUCCGUGUCCCUGCUGACGAGGACGGGAUGGACGAAGAGCCAGAGGCCGACCCUCUGCCCCUCAAGCGCUCGUCCGUCACUGUCCCAAUCAUUGCCGAACCACCGGAAGCAGCACAAGACGGCACCGAUGGUGGAGAAGGGUACGAGGACCUUGCCUCCCGCACAAGGCGAAGCAUGGCCGGCUAUGAGGCGGCACGACAGAAGGCGCAGCUGGAGAGGCGCAGAUCGCUGAGAAAAUCCAAACUGCCACCACCGACGACGCCGGGGACGGGCAGGAGUAGCUACUUCCCUACUGUGGACGAAGAGGAGGGGAACAGCACGUUGCUCCUGGCCGAGAAGCUGAUGAGCGGAGAGGCUCAAGAUGACUAUGAAGCUGUUUUUAUGAGUCGGCCGAAACUUAAGAGUAGUCCGGUGGGAACGCCGGUCAGGGAGCUUUGGGGGGAAUGAAGAAAUGAGCCUAUCAUAUGGAUAAUGAAACGUAAUGCCUCGGUAGGGAAGACACGGAGAAGGCAAAUAACGGCGGAAUGAUGAAUGCCCGUGGUAAUGCGCAAGACAGAAC